UUUGCGGGUAAAGUAUCAACCAACCGGCUCAAUUGCCCCACUUGUUUGGUCGGUGAACAAAAUAGUUAUAGAAUUACAGUGAACUCAAAUCACCUUCGAGCUGCAGCUCAGCUAAUAUUCAUCUCUCAAGUCAACACUUUAGUUUUUGCCCUCUCAUCAAACCCCAAAAAAGCAAAAGCAAAGGGAAAAACGAAAUCCUGAUAUUUGAAUCGCAAGGACGGAGCAUGUCGAAGAGGAAGUUCGGAUUCGAAGGAUUCAACAUUAACCGCCAAACAACAUAUAGCUUCGAGCAGUCUCAAGCUCCGCAACGUCUCUACGUCCCGCCUUCAUCUCGCCACAGCCACGAUAAUUAUGAAGAUACGGACCUUGACAAUAUCGAUUACGACGAUAAUGAUGCUGUCAAGGACACCAACGACAACGGUAAUGGUUCUGGAAAUGACGAAGUUGAUCCUCUGGAUGCCUUCAUGGAGGGUAUACACGAAGAGAUGAAAGCCGCGCCACCCCCCAAGCCCAAGGAGAAAUUAGAGAGAUAUAAAGAUGAUGAUGAUGAGGAUGAUCCGAUGGAGAGCUUUUUGAGAGCGAAGAAAGACGUGGGGCUCACAUUGGCUGCCGAUGCGUUGCGUGCAGGGUACGAUUCAGAUGAGGAGGUUUAUGCGGCAGCCAAAGCCGUGGAUGCUGGGAUGUUGGAGUACGAUUCAGAUGAUAACCCGAUAGUGGUUGAGAAGAAAAGAAUCGAGCCGAUUCCGGCGCUGGAUCAUAGUUCCAUCGAUUAUGAGCCGUUUAGUAAGGAUUUUUAUGAGGAAAGUGCAUCUAUUUCAGAGAUGACUGAGCAUGAGGCAGUAGAGUACAGAAAGAGUCUAGCUAUUCGGGUUUCGGGUUUUGAUGUUCCAAGGCCUAUUAAGACAUUUAAUGACUGUGGUUUUUCAACUCAACUAAUGCAUGCUAUAUCAAAGCAAGGGUAUGAAAGGCCCACAUCAAUACAGUGCCAAGCUUUACCAAUUGUACUUUCUGGAAGUGAUAUCAUUGGCAUAGCUAAAACUGGUUCUGGUAAAACUGCUUCAUUUGUCCUUCCCAUGAUUGUUCAUAUUAUGGAUCAGCCUGAACUUCAGAAGGAGGAGGGUCCAAUUGGGGUGAUAUGUGCUCCUACAAGGGAAUUAGCACAUCAAAUUUAUCUUGAGACUAAGAAAUUUGCAAAAUCACAUGGGCUUCGUGUCUCUGCAGUUUAUGGUGGAAUGUCCAAACUUGAUCAGUUCAAAGAACUGAAGGCAGGAUGUGAGAUUGUUAUUGCUACCCCUGGGAGACUAAUAGAUAUGCUAAAGAUGAAGGCACUUACAAUGUUGAGAGCAACUUACCUGGUGAUUGAUGAGGCUGAUCGGAUGUUUGACCUUGGAUUUGAGCCACAAAUAAGGUCUAUAGUUGGUCAGAUCAGGCCAGACCGACAGACACUACUUUUCUCAGCUACAAUGCCUCGUAAAGUUGAAAAGUUAGCUCGGGAAAUUCUCACGGAUCCUGUUAGAGUUACUGUUGGGGAGGUAGGAAUGGCAAAUGAGGAUAUCACUCAGGUGGUUCAUGUAAUUCCUUCUGAUGCUGAAAAGUUGCCUUGGCUUCUUGAGAAGCUACCUGGAAUGAUUGAUGAUGGUGAUGUCCUAGUAUUUGCUUCUAAAAAGGCAAGUGUGGAUGAAAUUGAAACUCAGUUGGUUCAAACAGGAUUUAAAGUUGCAGCUCUUCAUGGUGAUAAAGACCAGGCAUCUAGAAUGGAGAUAUUGCAAAAAUUCAAAUCUGGGAUCUACCAUGUUCUUGUUGCAACUGAUGUUGCCGCCCGUGGUCUUGAUAUUAAGUCAAUUAAGUCAGUGGUGAACUUUGAUAUUGCAAGGGACAUGGACAUGCAUGUUCAUCGUAUUGGUAGAACAGGCCGUGCUGGUGACAAAGAUGGGACUGCUUACACUCUCAUAACUCAGAAGGAGGCACGUUUUGCUGGUGAAUUGGUUAAUAGCUUGAUUGCUGCUGGACAGAAUGUCUCAGUGGAACUGAUGGAUCUUGCUAUGAAGGAUGGGAGGUUCAGGUCCAAGCGAGAUGCAAGAAAAGGAGGUGGGAAAAAGGGUAAAGGUAAGGGUGGUGCUGGUCGAGGUGUGCGUGGAGUUGAUUUUGGUCUGGGUAUAGGAUAUAAUCCUGAAUCCACUAAUACUUCACAUCAGAAUGUUCCAAGUCGAUCUGCUGCCGUUAAUUCUCUGAGGACUGGAGUGAUGGCACAAUUCAAGAGUAGCUUUGUUGCUGCCUCAUCAAACCCACAAGUUCAGGGUGUGAAUAACAAUUCUAGUGCAUAUGCCAACAAAAGACCAGCAUUACCUGGAUUUGUGUCUGGUGGUUCAAUUGGUGGAGAUAUUAAUAGAGCUCAAGUGCCCAGUUCAUUUAGUACUACUCCUGUGUCAGGAGUAAACACCUCUGGUCAGAAUUCUAGAGAAAAUGGCAAUCAGAACUCAGAGAGUUCCAGAGAUAGACCUAGAGAACGGCGGAGGCCCUCUGGUUGGGACUGUUAAUUUAUACUGCAACUAGAAACGCUGUUACAUGGACAAGAACUAUAUCGUUUUGGUCAAAUCUUGAAUGAUCUUGUCUGUAUAAAUUUCAUGCUCUGUAAGUUUCUUCUCUUCUUUUUGGUUGAUUUAAUGUUUCUCUGUUUAAUUUGUAGAAUUUAGUGUUGUUGCACACAGUCUGAUGUCUUUUUCUUUUUAAUUUCUAUUUUGUCCAUGUUUGGUUCUAGUAUAAUUGGUACUGUGGAAUGAUUCUGAAGAUGAACAACUGUAUAGAUAGUCUGUGGGAAAGAAUUUUUAUAUCAGUUAAGUCAGGGAUUAGCUAGAUCUUUCUGGCUGCCACUUUUGAUGGCUUAGAUUCACUGAUGUUAUCAAUCUUUAAUUUCAAUUGUACUGUAUUGUAUUGCAUGAUACAGGUUCAUAUGUCAACAUAUGCCUUUGAUAUGAUGACAUUUUUUGUUGAAUUAAUCUGUUUGCUAAAGAGCUGGUUGUUUCCCUUAUCUUACUUGAGUGGAUAGCUCUUGAAGAGUGAAAUGUUUUGACCCUCUCAGGAUUCCAAUUAUACUGCUGGAUAUAACCAUACACUGUUCAAUCUUUUCCUUUAGAUCACACAUCUUCUAAUUGUUUGUUUUCCUUUCAUCAGCAGGGCACAGAGGGCUUUUGUAUUUAAUGUUGUUCUGCUGAAAUACAACCCAAAAAUUAUUGUCUUAAAUUUCCUUGCAGAAAUGCUGCAGUGAAUUUAUCUAGAGCAAGAAUUUCCGGCUGCAAUCUUUCAAGUAUCCUUGUCUCUAGCUGGGUAACAUGUGGAUUUUUUUAGAUUUCCAAAGAGCAGUAUGGAACUGCCUUCCAUCUCAUUGGGAUAGAAUAUUUAGGGGAAAGUUCAUCUUUUAUUUCUGCUUUCACAAGUCGGAUCAUUUUAGAGCAUAUCAUGUGGGUUGUUUUUGGGGCCUUAUCCGCUUAACCCAGUUAUAGGAUGGAGGUAACUCUGGGUGGAUAGCUGGAAAAGAGUGUUCUUUUCUCUUUUUGAGAUGAUUUUCCAUAGGGGUUUAUUCUUGAGAUGAUAAUUCAAAGUUCAUGUUGUAUCAUUCCAUAGGCUAGAAACAUCCCAAUUUUUCUGUGGCUAUGAUGUAUCAUUUGUUUCAUGCUGUGGCAUCUGGCUAAUUUUUAUUAUCUUAAAUUUUUAUAAAAAUCUUAUAAUCGUAGUUUUAUCUCCAA